AUGGAACCAAGGAGCAAUGUGACUUAUUUCAUCCUAUUGGGCCUCACGCAGAAUCCAAAAGAACAAAAAGCCCUUUUUGUUAUAUUCUUGCUCUUCUAUAUUGUUACUGUUGUGGGCAACCUGCUCAUCAUUAUGACUAUAACUCUCAGCAAGACCCUGAACUCACCAAUGUACUUUUUUCUUGCUAGUUUAUCAUUUAUGGAUGUCACUUAUUCCUCUUCCUUUACCCCAAGAUUAAUUUCAGACCUGCUAUUUGGGGAAAACAUGAUAUCCUUUGAAUCUUGCAUGACUCAGCUGUUUAUAGAUCAUUUUUUUGGUGGAUCGGAAGUCUUCCUUCUGUUAGUAAUGGCCUAUGACCGCUAUGUGGCCAUCUGUAAGCCCUUGCAUUAUUUGGUUAUCAUGAGGCAAAGGGUAUGUGUUGCACUACUGUUGCUAUCCUGUGUUGGAGGUUUUCUGCACUCAGUAAUUCAAUUUAGCACUAUUUAUGGACUUCCAUUCUGUGGCCCCAAUGUCAUUGAUCAUUUUUUGUGUGACAUGUACCCCUUAUUGGAACUGGUCUGCACUGACACUUAUGUCAUUGGCCUUAUAGUUGUGGCCAAUGGAGGAAUGAUCUGCAUUGUUGUGUUUCUGCUCUUACUUAACUCCUAUGAAGUCAUCUUGCACUCUCUAAAGAACCUGAGCCAGGAAGGGAGGCGGAAAGCCCUCCAGACCUGUGUUUCCCACAUCACCGUGGUUGUCUGCUUCUUUGUUCCCUGUAUUUUUAUAUAUGUAAGACCUGCUAAGACCUUUCCCAUUGACAAAUCAUUGAGUGUGUUUUUUACAGUCAUAACCCCUAUGUUGAACCCAUUAAUCUAUAGUCUAAGAAAUUCUGAGAUGACUAAUGCUAUGAAGAAGCUCUGGAGAAAAAAAAAAGGCAGAUCAGGUAUUAAGUGA